AUCUCAUAAGGAUAAACCAGGUUAUUUAGUGCAGUAAUAACUGGUGCAUAAUUUUAUUGGGCAAAGGGCAGUAACUCUUAUAAGUAAAUCAAUUGUAGUUUCCCUGUGGUGUACCCCUUUUUUUCUAUGUCGUGAUCAUGCGCAAACUUGUCUUUAAUUUGGUGAGCAUGCGCAUUUAACUCUUCCUUUUUCUUCAUCAACCCUCAGAGCAGAACACACGAAAUUUUAGUGUCCGACAAAUUUUGUUUAAAUCGACAUCCAUCAUUGGCAUCGAUAAAAUAAACUGGAAAGAUGUUGCGAGCUCCCAGAAAAUCGAAGUCUAAGAGUCCUUAUGCCCGUCCUAGAGGUCAAGCUGCUGCAGCCGUUUCCACUGCGGUUAGGACCAUGCCACGAACCCAGGCGGCCAUUACACGGACUAGGCCUCAAGGUACUACAGCCACGUCAACCGUGUCGACGGCGACGCUUCCCCAGGUUGCUACUAUAGCCACCGGUAUUCCGGUUAACAGCGUGAUGGAACAAGCCAUACAGACCCAGCAGGACGUGGUUAAUGAACAGGGGACUGGGAGCACAGCUAACCCAGGUACAAUACACACAGUUGAUUCUUUGGCUUUGCCUUUACCAUUUAUAAGUACAGCUUCCCCCCUAGGUGUUCACGUAUCGCAAAGUUUGAAAGAAAAAAUAUAUAACAAUGAAUUUGUUCAUCUCAACAAACUAUUAUUUCACGACCCCACGUCUACACCUACAAAUCAAAUAGUUUUUGAGGAUGGUGCAUUCCAACUUAAACCCAAAACUAAAGAACAAAAAAUUGUGAACAUAUCUCAGUGGGUGGAUGCUUUUUUGAUUUAUGGAUCAAUUUAUUUAGUGAAGCAUCCUACUGAAGCAUUGUCUUUGUUCAGGUAUACGGCAACGAUAAAGAGGGGGGCAGAUAAUAUGUAUCAGGGUUGGCAAGAAUAUGACAUUCAGUUUCGAUUAAAAAAGUCAUUCAACUCGGCAAUCAGUUGGGCAUCUGUGGAUGCAGAACUCUGGUUAGUUUAUAUGCAACCACCAAGUAAGAAAUAG